AUCGCAAUUAGCCCUAACCCCCUUUCUUCCUUUUCUUCCUUCCUACGCACACGCACGCAGCCGAGAGCAACGGCAGCGGCAACGGGGGGCGGUCUCGCCGGAGGCGGUCACGGGGGGAUCGAUGCUGGAAGAGAGGAAGCUGUUCGUGGCGGGCCUCCCGCAGCAGACGCGGGAGGGCGACCUGCGGGGCCACUUCGCCCGGUACGGCGAGGUGGUGCACACCCGGGUGGUGCUCGACAUGGCCAGCGGCAACAGCCGCGGCUUCGGCUUCGUGGAGUUCGCCGACGAGGCGGCGACGCUGAGGGCGCUCGCCGACGACGAGAUGCCCAACCACGUCUUCCGUGGCCGCAAGGUUAUGGUUAUGGAGGACCUAUUGAUUAUUCAUGUUAUGCUUAUGGAGGACCAAUUGGACAUCAGCAUGAUCUUGUGGGUUCUUACUAUUAUGCUAAAGAUUAUAGCAAAACUACUCCUAUCGACCUCGAUACCACAGAUACCACAAAGAAAUGACUUGCUGCGGCAGCGUCGGUCCUGGAUGGGGCGGAGGUGAUGGGUAGCGCCUUGUGAGGAUGGUGCUCCGAGAAGACUGUGCGGUUGGUGCCAACGCCGACGCGGAACGGGGUGGUGAGUGCGAAGCCAGCAGCGGAACGGGGUGGUGGGUGCGAAGCCGUCAGCGUCCAACAGGAGCGAGGUGGAGCCGAGGAGUGUGAGGUUGCUCGUCCACGAGAUGUGCUGGUAGGAGGCGCCGGUCCCUUAUUUCCUCUGCCAUCAGCACAACCCCCUACGGCGCCGGCUUGGAGAUCGGGCGGAGGCUUCCCAAGACGAUGACGCCUCUUGCUCCUUCCUUCCAUGGCUUCGGUUGGGACGAUACGAGACGGUAACGGACGAGGACGUAGGCAGUGGAGGCGGUGACCCGGCGGGCGGGAGGCCUCUCCGUCCACUGGCGGAAGAGGCGACGACACAGCGGGCAGAUUCCGGUGGAUCAGAGAGUAUUCAGGGAAAGAGAGAUAGGGGAAGAAGGCAUGGGCCCCACUGAUGGUAAGCCGGCUUUGGCUGGCCAUGUUUGGUUAGUGAAGGAGGUUUGGCUAGGGAGAUGGCUUGGCCAUCUAGAUUGUAAGUCUGUUGGAAUCCAUUUUUUAUUUAAAAUUGUUAAAUUUUGAUUUGGAGAGUAGGAUAGCAACACUGCUGAAGAUGCUUACUCCUAUGUUUAAUGAAGCAGAAACUAGUGGCGCUGUAAAUGUCACUUCUCUCUUAAACUAGUCGCGCUGUAAAUGGCAUUUUUCUC